UCAUUUUGACAGCUAAUUUCAACAUUUAAUCGUAUCACUUCAUUCCUCAGUCUCUGAGUUUGUCGAGUUUUAUUGGUCUUGUUUUCUAUAGUGUUUCGUUCUCAAAUAGCCAUAAAAAUGAGUCUCGAAAUUGAAUCGAUGAUCCGGUACACGUCGCCAAUAAACCCGGCAGUUUUUCCACAUCUAACCUUUUUGUUGCUCGGAAUAGGAAUAUUCUUCACGGCCUGGUUCUUCGUUUACGAAGUUACAAGUACUAAAGCCUCAAGAGAUAUGUUCAAAGAGUUACUUUUAUCAUUGGUGGCCGCCUUAUUUUCUGGUUUCGGUAUUUUGUUCUUGUUGCUAUGGGUAGGGAUUUAUGUGUGAUAUCAAUGUAAGGUAUAAUUUAAGUUAUGAAUAAUGUAACAACACACCAUUCCUCUAUUGAUGAUUGAUACUGUAUGUUUGGUCAGAUGAAUAAAUAUUAUCAUCAGGUUUUGAAGUUUUUAAA